CCUUGUCAAGUGUCCAUGAUGCUGGGCCCUGAGGGAGGUGAAGACUACGUGGUCAAACUCCGGGGCCUACCCUGGUCCUGCUCAAUUGAGGACGUACAAAACUUCCUCUCCGACUGCACAAUUCAUGAUGGGGUCGCAGGUGUUCGUUUCAUUUAUACUAGAGAAGGCAGGCAGAGUGGUGAGGCUUUUGUUGAACUUGAGGCAGAAGAUGAUAUAAAAUUGGCUCUGAAAAAAGACAGGGAAAGCAUGGGACACCGAUAUAUUGAGGUGCUCAAGUCACGCAGAACCGAGAUGGAUUGGGUAUUGAAGCACAGUGGUCCAAACAGCGCUGACAGUGCCAAUGAUGGCUUUGUGAGGCUUCGGGGACUCCCGUUUGGAUGCACAAAGGAAGAAAUUGUUCAGUUCUUCUCAGGGUUGGAAAUUGUGCCAAACGGGAUCACAUUACCUGUGGACCCGGAGGGCAAGAUUACAGGGGAGGCCUUCGUUCAGUUUGCCUCACAAGAGUUAGCUGAGAAAGUUCUGGGGAAGCACAAGGAGAGAAUAGGACACAGGUAUAUCGAAGUGUUCAAGAGCAGCCAGGAGGAAGUUAGGCCAUACUCAGACCCACCUCUGAAGUUCAUGUCUGUGCAGAGGCCUGAGCCCUAUGACCGACCUGGCACAGCCCGGAGGUACAUUGGCAUUGUGAAACAGGCAGGCUUGGAUAGGAUGAGGUCUGGUGCCUGUAGUGCAGGCUAUGGGGGCUAUGAAGAAUACAGUGGCCUCAGUGAUGGCUAUGGCUUCACCACUGACCUGUUUGGGAGAGACCUCAGCUACUGUCUCUCAGGAAUGUAUGACCACAGAUACGGAGACAGCGAGUUCACAGUGCAGAGCACCACCGGCCACUGCGUCCACAUGAGAGGGCCGCCCUACAAAGCAGCAACGGAGAACGACAUUGACAACUUCUUCUCUCCACUCAACCCCGUGAGAGUUCAUAUUGAGAUUGGUCCUGAUGGAAGAGUGACGGGAGAAGCUGAUGUUGAGUUUGCCACCCAUGGAGAAGCAGUGGCAGCUAUGUCGAAGAAGGACAGCGCCAACAUGCAGCACAGAUACAUAGAACUCUUCCUGAAUUCCACAACAGGGGCUAGCUACAGGGCUUAUAGCAGCCAGGUGAUGCAGGGCAUGGGAGUGUCAGCUGCCCAGGCAACUUACAGUGGCCCGGAGAGCCAGUCAGUGAGUGGCUGUUAUGGGGCCGGCUACAGCAGUCAAAACAGCAUGGGUGGAUAUGACUAGUAUUGUAGGAGCAUUUGAGUUAUUUCAAUCAAAAUUUCACAGGCAGCCAAUAAGCAGUCAAGAGCAGUUUAUAACUCUGGAGGAAGCUGGGGGACCC